UGGCGCCGCGUUUUCCACUUCGCUUUCCAGUCGUCGCUACGUCACUUCCCGGUUAAACGUGGCCGCAAGGAGUGGCAUCCAAGCUAGCGUCGCGAGCUGUCAAGCUGUAGAACCCGAGAGAGCUAGCGGAGAGACUGUUGAAUCAGCCGGCGCAGCUGAUCGGCUUAAAUGACUCGGCGGGCCGGCCAUUGAGCGUGUUAUCGUUGCCUGCGUCGUUACCGGAACCCUCUUCAGGCCUGCCAAGUAUCCGUUUCAGGCGAGCGAGAGACAAAACAUGUCGUCCUCGGGCGAUUUCGGCAAUCCGUUGCGGAAGUUCAAGCUCGUCUUUUUGGGCGAGCAGAGCGUCGGGAAGACGUCACUUAUUACACGGUUUAUGUACGACAGCUUUGACAACACAUACCAGGCUACGAUAGGUAUAGACUUCUUAAGCAAAACUAUGUAUCUCGAGGAUAGAACUGUCAGACUACAGCUGUGGGACACAGCGGGGCAAGAACGGUUCCGUUCUUUGAUACCUAGUUACAUCAGAGACUCCACAGUCGCUGUUGUUGUUUAUGAUAUUACUAACGCCAAUUCGUUUCACCAAACAUCCAAAUGGAUAGACGAUGUGCGGACUGAAAGAGGAAGUGAUGUGAUAAUUAUGCUAGUGGGCAAUAAAACAGAUUUGAGUGAUAAGAGGCAAGUUUCGACAGAGGAGGGCGAGCGGAAAGCAAAGGAAUUAAAUGUGAUGUUUAUCGAAACUAGUGCUAAGGCUGGCUACAAUGUGAAACAGCUAUUUAGAAGAGUAGCGGCGGCUUUGCCGGGUAUGGACUCCACCGAAAACAAGCCACCCGAAGACAUGCAAGAGGUAGUGCUCAAGGAUACUCCAAUCGAACUGAAAGCCUCGGAGAGCAGUUGUGCAUGCUAAGUCGUCGUCGGCCUGUACGGUAGCAGGGUAUCGAAUCGAAUCGAAAGGGGCCUUUGUUAAGUUUCGACUAGGGCCCGAACCGUCCCAGACGGUUUUUUGGAGCGGUUUGGGAACCUCUUUCGAGAAAUACAAAUUAAUUUUCAAAGGAAAUUCUUGAGAAAGGUUUAAUUUUUCGAUUUUUUGAAAUAAGCAUUUAUAUAUAAGUAAAUAUUACGAUAUAUUAAUAUUAUCACAUGUAUAUAUAUGUACAUAUAUAUAUUAUAAUUACAGAUAUUACAGAUAUUAUACACUGUAAUAAUAUUCAUAUAUUAUUAUUUACUCAACAAUAUUAUGAUUUCUUCGAAAAAAUCGAUAAAUUUUGUCUGAGAAAUUUCCUUAGGAAAAACAUAUAUAUAAGAUUAUUAUAAUAUAUAAAUGAUAUUUUAAUACUAUUAAUUUAUUAAUUUACUUUUCUUUGAGAUAAUUCAAAGAAAUAUAUUAUUUUAUUUCCGUUCGAUGCCCUGAUUGGUAGACAAGACGGAGCUAAGUUAACUUAUAAGUUAAUGACUCUUAGGACGUUAGGAUACCGAUUGUAUUUGGCCUGUGCUUUUUCGCAGAGUUGGAAAACUCGUGGAAGGCUACGUGCACUAAAGCAGCAACGAUUCUUAUUAAAAGGAGAAAAAAAGUUUCACACACUAUAGCUUAAGACUGCUUUUACACAAUGACAUGUUUUCGUAUGCUAGCGGAUCGUAAAAAGGACUGUUAACCCUCACGGCUUUAAUUAUUAGUGAUUAUAUAUGCUCUUGACCAGAAUUAUGGAGCAUCUUUAAUAGAUUGCGAGGAGGUAUAUUAAUCGAUCUUUAAAUUGAAGCAAAUUGGAAGUAGUAAAUUUUUUUUAUGUUUUAUUAUUACCAUAAUUAAAAUUAUUUCAAUGUGAAUGUUAUAAUUAAAUUAUUUAAAUUUUGAAAAUUAAAUUCUAUGAAAUAUAUUUGAAUUAAGAAUAAUUUGAGUUGAAAGAUUAUUACUUAAAAACUUGUUGCAUUGUCUAAUUUAAAAGCUUAUUAGUUUAUUGAUAGUGCUUCAUAUAUUUUUGGACGAGAGAAAUGCUAUAUUUAUUACAUAUUUUAUAGAAAAAGAGAAAUUUAUAAAAUUUUAUUUUUCUUUUUAUUUCUAUUAUAUAAUCUUUUCUCCAUUUAUAGUAUAAAUCAAAGCUAGGAGGGUUAAUAUAGCCUUUAUUAAGGUCUCAAAGUUCACCUAAGUUUAUUUCGCUUGUUAAUAUAGAUUGUCUAAUAUCGUACAGUAUUUUUUACUCGUGUUAUUAAAUCAAUAAUUGCUCAAAUUCACAUUAAACAAAUGAUAUAAAAAUGGCAUUUAUCACAUCCUUGUUUAUCGGCGUUUCUAAGAACGAGAUAUUAUUAAUUGUCCUACACAUUUGCAAUAAAAGAAACGAAGACAGCUGCAAUUUGCAUUUACGAUAUUUAGCAACAUUUGCAUUGAUUCAAAAAUUACGAAUUAUAGAGUAAACGUUACACGUUGCGUAAAUGCAGUCCCCUUCGAGAUAAUUGAAUCACAUUUUUCAACAAAAGAUCAAGUUCUGAUAGCUGAUAAUAUAUAAAUCCUCGCUCUAUCUAAUGUUAGAAAAAGAUAUGACUAAAACUUAAUGUAUUAACCAUUUUUCUUAUCAAACUAAAUUUAAAUAAAUAGACAUCUAUUAGCAAAUUAAUAAAAGACAAGAAAAGAAAGGGAAAAAAGAGGGAAGAUAUUUAAAAGAAAUUUUUCUAUGGAAUUUGUGGAUAAUUAGCAGCUAAUUCUAUAUCUCUUUUCUACAAAUAUUUUAAGAGUACGUAGUAUAAAUGACAAUCCUGUACAGUUCCACAUUUAUUCGAGGUAUUAAUUCGAAGUUUUCUUUCGACAAUUUAUUAUUUAUAUAUUCUUUUUAGAUUGACGCAAUUUUGUUUAAAAAAAUAAAAAGGAAAGAAUCUUCUCUAAAAUCACAUAUAAAAAUAUUAAAUAAAAUUUAAGAUGUAUAUAUAAAAAAAAUUUUUGAUUUCUUAAAAGUUAAUUGUUUUAAUGUCUCUUUUGUUUACAAUUUCUCUAUUAACUGUAAUAUUUUUAUUUAUGUAAAAAGAAAACUAAAAUUAAUAAUAUAAAAGAAAUCUUAUAAAACUAUUAUUUCUCAUAUUGGUUUUACGUCCAUGACUUUUUUUAUUUUUCCUUUUGUCCUAUUUUUCCAUCUGAUUUUAUCUUUAUUCUUUAAUUUAUUUCUCUUAAUGAAUAGAAUUUAUUUUUUAAAAUCUGUUUUAAUUUAUUUGUUUUUGCUUUGUGCUUGGCUUGCUGAUUUUCUAUUUAAUUAUUUUUUAAAAAUUAGGAUAUUAAAAAAAAAUCAUAAAACAUAAAUAUCGAAACAAGUUUACAAGAAAAAAAUUAUUAAUAUUAAUUUUAAUAUUUUUGAUGAUUAACAUAAAAAGUUCUGUGACUUCUUUAAAAAUCUAAAAGAAUAUUUAUUUUUUAUAUUAAAUUUGAAUUGAAUGAAUAUAUUUUGUUUUGAUUGAUAAAAUAUUAGUUUUAAAUAUUAAAUUAAAUUUAAUGUCUGAACAAAUUUUAAUUAGAUUCUUGAAUUAAAUUUCUUGUAAAAUAUAUGUUUUUUUAUUUUAUUUUAUAGCUUGUAAUAUUUUUUUCUGCGAGAGAUUCGAUACCUUAAGAAAUUCGCAUAAUAAAAGUAGCGCUAGAAAAUAUUCUCCGUCCCGUUUUUGACUUUUAUACACUCGAUUGUCUCAGCUUUGAUAGGAAUUAACUCGCGCGCGCGUGCGAUAUUGUAAUAAUAUUAAAUCUAUAUGCUCUGAUGAGAAAGAGAGGAAUUAUUAACUAAAGGAAAAUUAAAGGGGGAAACUAUUAUAUCGAUUUGGCAGCGAUAAUUAUCGAAUCAGUAGAUGAUUAGUAGAUGAAUAUCUAGAGAUUUGAUUAAUACCAGAAAAAAAAUUUGUCAUUAUUAUAGUAUCAUUAAGAAUUACACUGUAUGUACUCUUUAUCUGAUUUGUAAGAGCUCAUUGUAACGCCUCAUCAACGCGCAUUAAUUAAGUUUAAUACUACCAAUCAAAUGUUUACAAAGUGCAAUAAUGUAUUUAUUGACCAAUAAUAUUGCCAAAUUACAAAAA